UCAUCUACUAAAAAAAAUGAAAUAUAUGGAGUUUUACCAUUUGUAGCACCUGAAGUUUUAAGAAAACAACCUUAUACUUUAGCUAGUGAUAUAUAUAGUUUUUCUAUGAUUAUGUGGAAAUUAAUAUCUGGAAUUCCUCCAUUUAAUAGUGAGACACAUGAUGAGCAACUUGCUUUUCGAAUUUGUAAUGGUAAACAUCCUAAAAUUAUUGAAAAUAUUCCAUUGUGUUAUAUAAGUUUGAUGGAAA